UUUUGAAAUUGUUGAAAUUUUAGAAAGAAAUUUACAUAGUUUGUAUGUUAAAUAAAGUUAAUAUAAAGUUUGGUUUAUUCAACCUAGCUUCCAAACACAAAAUUAUUUUUAAAAAAUAAAAUAAGUAAAAGCUCAAGCAACACAGCAUACACUCAUCUCAGUGCAGUAUAUACAACAAAAUAUCCACUUCAUUCAGAACAAUGCUCAUUUAUGCAAUUAUCCAAGCAGACUUAUGUGACUUAUUUCAAUGACUGUGGCUGAGGCAUGGCUGUUGUUGCCAGAUGGCCUGUGUGGGUUUGACCAUGUAAACAAUUUAGACCCCUGUUUCAUUGUAGGAAUAAAGUGCCUGGGUUGUCAGUUCAUCAAUUUUGCACCCUAUUGUGUUUUAAGCACGGAUAAUUGAUUAAUUUCACACCUCUAACAUAUUUAAGCUACCUUUUCAGCUAGCAUGACGUAUUUACUAAUGGAGUUGAUGAACAGCACACACAAGUGAUGCAUUCAGACACAGAAGUAUUUCUGUUGUCUCCUCAUAAUCUACUCUUACCCAAAGCCAAGCUCACCUAAAGGUGGAGACAUUUUGCCAUGUUAAGUGUUACGACCCAGUCUAGGGUUGGGACGCACAACACAGUGAUAUAUACAGCACAGUGAUACAGUAUAUACAGCACAGUGAACUAGGGAAGACUUCAGGGUAGACUGAGGCCAAAAAACAGAAACUAGCUAACCUAUACGGCCUCUUGCAUUAACACACCUCCAGCUCAAAACAGAAAGCUGAAUCUCUUGUAUUCAUUUGUUAAUGAAAACUUUUAGAAGAAAGAUGAACAUCGAUGGCAGUGUUGCAUUUCUGUUGCUGUGUUUUCUGAUGCUAUUUACUUCAACAGACUGUAGCACAUGUCAGAGAAAUAUAUUAGAAGGAGACAGUCUCACCUUUAAACUGACUGACGGGCCACUUAAGGAAGAUGAUAAAUUCACUAUUAAAAAAGACAAUAAACUGUUAGUCCGCAAACGGAAUAUCAAACAAAAUGAACGAUGGAUCCUGAAAAAUACAAGCCUGGAGCUCCAGCAUGUGAAACUGAGUGAUUCUGGAAACUACACUGUUGAUGUUUUUGAUGGGAAUGGGAAGAACUUAAAAUCAUACACAGAAACCGUCUGUGUUUAUGUGAAAAUCCCAAAGCCGAGAGUGAAUGUUACAUGUCAGGAUGAGAAUGUUAACUUCAUAUGUGAAAUUGAGGACACUAAAGAUCUAUCUUUCAGCUGGUACAAAAAUGGAAAAGAUUUCAAGAAUAAUACAUUCAAAGUCUUAAGAAAUGUUGAGACAGACAAAUCAAAGUAUACAUGUACUGCAGAGAAUCCAGUUCAUAAUAAUACAAGUGAUCCAGUGGAAGCAGCAUGUCUUAAGCCCAAUGUGAAUAAUAAAAUAUUUGGCUUUGAUCGUGGGAUUAUGGUGGGCAUCUUAGCUGGUGGAGGAGCUUUUAUACUGCUAGUGAUGAUUGUGCUGGUGACUGUUGCCUGCCGUUCCCGUAAACGCCAUGCGAGACAACAGCAAGAUAAAGAAAAGUUCGGACUGUACACCAUCAUCUGUUCAUCUCCUGGUGAUCGAAAUUUAAACCAAACAACAAGAGAUCAGCCAACAUCUCCGGAAAUCUAUAAUAAUGUUUCUGCCAAAGAAGUAGCUCAAGUCCCAUGUUUGACCAAAUCUAGAUCCGGAAACCAGAAACAUGCUUUGCCUCCACCACUUUCAAUAGAUGAGGAGGAGGAACAACCUAAACCACUACCCCAGCCUAGGAAAAAGGCACAGGUCAGAAAGUGUGAAGGUCUGUUGUGAUGGGGGAGCGAGUACAGUGGUCAGGUGAAAUGAUCAAAAUGUCAAAUCCAGUUGUUUACUGUAUGUGUGUAUGGAGUUACUCCAUGGAUUUUAUAUUCUAUUUACACUAGUAAUUAAACAAUACUUAAAAAAUUCACUUGUCAUCUUAUCCAUAGUUAAAUAAAAACUGUUUCAAGACUUUGCUGUUUUUAGACUGUAUUAUUUGUGAACAAUGCAACAAACCACAUUUAAGUUAACACACACACACACACACAGGCAUCAUUACAUUUCCAUUUUAGGCUAC